AUGUUCCAAUCACUGAAAUCGUCACUGGCCCCUACAGACUGCCAGUCACUGAAAUCGUCACUGGCCCCUACAGACUACCAGUCACUGAAAUCGUCACUGGCCCCUACAGACUACCAGUCAUUGAAAUCGUCACUGGCCCCUACAGACUACCAGUCACCGAAAUCGUCACUGGUCCCUACAGGCUACCAGUCAUUGAAAUCGUCACUGGCCCCUACAGACUACCAGUCACUGAAAUCGUCACUGGCCCCUACAGACUACCAGUCACUGAAAUCGUCACUGGCCCCUACAGACUACCAGUCACUGAAAUCGUCACUGGCCCCUACAGACUACCAGUCAUUGAAAUUGCCACUGGCCCCUUCAGACUACCAGUCACUGAAAUCGUCACUGGCCCCUACAGACUACCAGUCACUGAAAUCGUCACUGGCCCCUACAGACUACCAGUCAUUGAAAUCGUCACUGGCCCCUACAGACUACCAGUCACUGAAAUCGUCACUGGCCCCUACAGACUACCAGUCACUGAAAUCGUCACUGGCCCCUACAGACUACCAGUCACUGAAAUCGUCACUGUCCCCUACAGACUACCAGUCACUGAAAUCGUCACUGUCCACUGCAGAUUUAUUUGGUAAUCGGUAUAACCUAAACGGUCGGAGUUUUUGGUCAGGCUAUAUACAUAAAAAAUGGUAUGGUCAAUAUGACCAAUUGAUGAGUUAG